GUUCCUGAAAGAAGGAGAAGACUCGUAUCGUAUAUGCGUGGUGGCGUAGAAUAAGACAUAACAUAACAGAUCCUUUUUCCAACUUCAAAAUCGAUUAUUCUUAUUCUUACCCCAUUGAAACCAAAACCCUAAUCCCAUUCCCAUUCUUCCCCGCUCCACUCUCAAUCCUCCAAUGAGCUAUCAAAUGAAUGGUGAAGAUGCACGUAGAGAUUUAAAAAGAAAGCUCCCUCAGAUGGAUCGAGGGCAAGAGCGGAGAUCUUAUAAUAUGAAUUCUGCACCGUAUGAUAGGAAUGCACUUCCUCCUGGUUGGUUAGACUGCCCAGCACACGGGCAGGAACUAGGUUGCAUAAUCCCUUCAAAGGUUCCACUUGGCGAAUCCUUCAAUGAUUACAUUCCAAAUAAAAAAUAUACCCCCAAGCAAGCAAUUCUUCAACAGAGAGCUUUAGAGCACCACUUGAUUUCCAAUUUAGGAUUUGAGUAUAAAGACAUAAAAAGCGUGAAGGAUACGAUACUUGGUUUAGUGAUUGAUCUGACAAAUACUACUCGUUUCUAUCCAUUAUCAGAUUGGACAAAAGAAGGGAUUGGCCAUGUCAAGAUAAGAUGCCAAGGAAGAGAUUCUGUACCUGAUGAUGAGUCUGUACAAAAGUUUUGCAAUGAGGUUCUGGAUUUUUGCUCUCGAAGUUCAAACUCAAAGAAAUAUAUACUUGUACACUGCACUCAUGGGCAUAAUCGUACAGGCUAUAUGAUUGUUCAUUUUCUUGUGCGUACAGAAUCACUAUCUGUCACUGAGGCAAUAAGUAAAUUUGCACAGGCACGUCCCCCAGGAAUUUACAAACAGGAUUACAUUGAUACCUUGUACAUGUUUUUUAAUGAAAAGAAGCCUGAAAGUCUUGUUUGUCCACAAACUCCAGAAUGGAAGAGCCUCCCUGACCCUGACGUUCAUGGUGUGUCUGUCUCAGCUACAGACAAUCAUGCAGACAUUUUGCAGCAGGAGAAUAUCGUGAGAAAUGGAGUAUUGACAAAUGAUGAUAUUUUGGGAGAUCCCAUUCCUUCCAACCAGCUACGUACAAUGCAAGAACUUUGUUAUCAACUGCUUAAGUUGGGCAAAGGGGGAAGAGGAGUUUUGUACUUUCCGGGAUCACACCCUGUUUCUCUUAACAGGGAGAAGUUACAACUCUUAAGACAGCGGUAUUACUAUGCCACAUGGAAAGCUGAUGGGACACGGUAUAUGAUGCUAAUCACUGGGGAUGGAUGUUAUCUGAUUGACAGAAAAUUUCAUUUCCAAAGGAUCUCUAUGCGGUUUCCUUGCAAAUACUCAAAUGGGGGUACACCUGAGAGGAAUCACCACUACACAUUACUUGAUGGGGAAAUGAUUAUUGACACGGAUCCACAUACUCAUAAGCAAGAAAGAAGAUACCUCAUUUAUGAUUUGAUAGCAAUCAAUCAAGUCUCUCUGACAGAGAUGCCGUUUUAUGAAAGGUGGAAAUUGCUGGAGAAAGAAGUAAUUGAACCCCGUAAUAUGGAACGAGAAGCCCUUUCCAAGAGUUUAAAUCCUUAUUAUAGAUACGACUUGGAACCGUUUGGUGUGAGGAGGAAGGGUUUUUGGCUACUAUCUACUGUGUCAAAGCUCCUUCAUAAAUUCAUUCCACAACUCUCACACUCAUCAGAUGGUCUUGUAUUCCAGGGUUGGGAUGAUCCAUAUGUCCCUCGCACGCAUGAAGGUCUUUUGAAGUGGAAAUACCCUGAAAUGAACUCUGUCGAUUUCCACUUUGAGGUGGGAGCUGAUGGUCGACCCCUGCUUUUUCUGUUUGAACGUGGAAAGAAGAAGUUAAUGGAAGGGAAUACUGUUAUUUUUAAAGAUUCGGAAGAUAUUUCAUCCUAUUCAGGGAGGAUAAUUGAGUGCUACUGGGAUGCUGCAGAGCGUCACUGGGUCUGUAUGCGGAUCAGGACUGAUAAAGCAACUCCAAAUGAGAUCAAUACUUAUAGAAAGGUAAUGCGAAGCAUAAAGGAUAAUAUCACAGAAGAAGUAGUGUUGAAGGAGAUUAAUGAGAUCAUUCGACUACCCUUGUAUGCAGACAGAAUACAAAGAGAUAUCAAGGCUCACCAGCAUAUGGUCUCUUCGCGGCGCAAGUGAGUUAUCAUAAAAGCAAAGCACGAGCAAGCAAGACUAACUAUGCACGGUAGCAAAGCCGUAAUUGCCGAAAUUAUUAUAUGCCCUACGCUAUUCAUUCUCAAAAUCAUCCCUCACCCACUUCAAUAAAAAGGUUUAGGAUCUCUUGAUAUUGUCUGUGGCUAUCACGUUUUUGAUCGUUGUAUAUUAACAAUUUUGCCAAUUUUCUGUAUUAUUUUUUUAACAUAAAGCAAGACUGAGUUGCUAA